GUGUUUAGAAAUGUCAAACCAGCAGGCAAACCAAAACAAUUGCUCUGCACAGCCGGCAGAUUGUGAAAUUUUUGCACUGCAGUGGAAAAAUUAAACCCUCCGGCCGCACGAUGGACGAUGGAAUAUGCCACAUUAAGCCGGAAUACAUCAUACCGCGCAUUGUAGAAAAGCCGGUGGAAAACGUGGUUCCUGAUGUACCCGUAGAAAAGGACGAAACGGCCACCACCAACAACAACACCAAUGGUACCACGAACGAUGCCACCGAACCACCGGAAAAGAAAGGUCGCUUCGAGGGUGGGGAAGGACAGGGUGGCAAGAAGAAGAAAAAUCGUGGUCAAAAUAAAUCACGCACGGUACCGUUCAAGGAGGAGGAUGCGCUCAGGUUGUGCAAAUCGUUGCUGGAUGGAAAUGUGGGGGAAAACGCAACGAAAAAGUGUACCAACGCCAACUGCCGCUUUUCCCAUGAUUUGGAAAAGUUUUUACAGCUCAAACCGAAAGACAUCGAUGGCACGUGUUACAUCUAUACGACGAAGGGUUAUUGCAGCUUUGGCGUAACGUGCCGGUUUGCCGGGGCGCAUCUGGACGAUCAGAGCAGGAACAUUUAUCCGGACGAUUAUAAGCACGAUAAUGCGAUGCUUGUGUCGACGUGGUUGAAUCCGGAUCUUCAGCACACGCUUCGGAAAAGGAAGUAUAAUUUUAGUCUGUCGAACCGGAUCGUAAGCAAGUUUGAGCGACUUCAAAACGAGGACAAAAAGGAAAAGGCCGAAGCGGCCAAUAACCCGUCGGAAGCAACUAGCAAGCCGGCCGGUUCCGUCACGGAUGAGGACAUGAUAAAGCUACGCAGCGCAGAACGCAAGCGUAUCGUAUUCCGCGACAAGCUUUACCUUAGCCCGCUGACCACGGUCGGGAAUCUUCCGUUCCGGCGCAUCUGCAAAGAGUACGGCGUGGAUAUAACGUGCGGUGAGAUGGCAUGUGCCAUACCGAUCAUAAACGGUGCUACCCAAGAGUGGGCCCUUACGAAGCGCCACUCGAGCGAGGACCUGUUCGGGGUGCAGCUAUGCGGUCACAGUUCGAAGCUGGUUACCUGUGCCGCGCAAAUCAUUGCCGAGAAAGCGGACGUAGACUUUAUCGACCUGAACACGGGCUGUCCGAUCGAUCUCAUUUUCAACCAGGGUGGGGGUAGUGCGCUGCUCCGCCGCCAGAACGUGUUGCAAGUGAUGGUGCAGAGUUGUGCCCGGGUGUUGGCGGACUACGGGAAAGAGUUUACCGUGAAGACACGUAUCGGCAUCUACAACAACAAGCUAAUCGCUCACGAAAUGGUACCGAAAUUUGAAAGCUGGGGCGCCAGUUUGAUCACAAUCCACGGGCGUACGAAGGAGCAGCGGUACACGAAGCGCGCCGACUGGGAAUAUUUGCAGCAGUGUGCCAGCCAAGCACAAUCGGUUCCGGUGUUUGGUAAUGGGGACAUUUUUUGCUACGAUGAUUAUGAAACGAUUCGCUCGAAGUGUCCCAGCGUGGCGGGUGUGAUGGUGGGCCGUGGAGCGCUCAUAAAGCCGUGGGUGUUUCAGGAGAUUAAGGAGCGUAAAACGCUCGAUCCGUCCAGCGGGGAACGGUUCGAGAUGUUGAAACGAUACGUAAACUAUGGGCUGGAGCAUUGGGGCAGCGAUACGAAGGGUGUGGAGACGACGAGACGCUUUCUGCUCGAGUGGCAAUCAUUCCUGUACCGGUACGUACCGUACGGAUUGUUGGAACGGCCCCCGCAACGCAUCAACGAGCGGCCGGAAGCGUAUCGCGGAAGGGAUGAUUUGGAAACACUGAUGGCAUCAGCGAAUUGUAACGAUUGGGUCAAAUUAAGUGAGAUGCUGCUUGGACCCGUUCCAGAUGGAUUUAACUUUGUUCCAAAACACAAAGCCAAUGCUUACUGAGAAUAUACACUACAGGGAGGGAUCAAAUGCCGGUGAGCAGAUCCGAGCAGGUGAGAGAGAACGCGGUAAUGUAAACUUUGUAAAUAAAGUUGUGUCCAUGAACUAACCUUAAAAA